CUUCAUGUAUUAAGUGUGUGCCGCAAGUGUUAUAAUAAAACUGUUUUCAAAGUAAAUAUAAAUUAAGUUUUUAACUGUAUAUCGAGGCAAACAAACUCAUACAACGAAAAAUAUUUAUUUAUUAUAAGUAAAUUAAGUUAAACUAAUAAUAAUAAUAAUACUAAAUAAUAAUCAGCAAAAAUGAGGUGUGAAUUACUAAUCAAUGUCUCUAUUUUUGAGUUGUUUUCAUCGGCCGCCAAUGAGUCUGAUAUUGUUGAAGAAGAGAAGGUGAAGAAUGAGACAAUAAUUAGUGGCAAUAAUAACAAGAAAUCACCGCAAAUAUCGACUGCAAAGUCCCGGUGGAAGGCUUUGGCCAGAAGUGCUUUUGUUCGUAACCUCCGAAAGACAGCUCAGACAACAAAUUCAGUCAAUAACGAGACCAAACAUAAUAGCCAUACGAAUGGUGUAAUUGUUGCCAAAAGUAAUCAUUUGAACGAAACUCAUCAAAACAGUGACAGUUCUUCUUCAGAGAAUGAAUGUGAAGAUAAAGACUACCAUUUGCUUGAAUUGUUAGCAUUGAAAUCAUUGCAAUUGUCAGCGCCGGCCAGUGAUAUCAUACUGAAGAAUAGGACAAAUAAUUGGGUGCAACUGUCGGGACACGAGGGCUCGUUUGCAUUGGCCGGUCCGGGAACUAUAUGGAAGAAAAGGUCGACCGAUGAUACAGAAGUCCGUGCAUAUGAGGCACUAAUGCAGGACUCGUAUAUGUGUGAAAUGGUACCAAAGUUCUUCCGCCACGUCUCCUAUAUGGGCGACUAUUUCAUCGAAAUCGAAGACCUGCUUUACGAGUACAAAGAUGCAGCCAUUAUGGACAUAAAGAUGGGAACUCGUACUUUCCUCGAGGAAGAGGUCAAAAACAGGAAACCCAGGAAUGAUCUGUACGAGAAAAUGAUAAAAAUCGAUGCAAACGCACCCACCGAUGAGGAGCACAGGCAGAGGGCUGUCACUAAAUUAACUUAUAUGAAGUUCAGGGAAGCUCUCAGCUCGUCAUCCAAUCUUGGCUUCAGAAUUGAAGGCUUUAAAGCCGGUGAAGACUUACAGCUAUGUAAAGACCUUAAGUUAGUGAAGCACAGGGAUGAAGUGAGAAACACAUUGAAAGCAUUUUUAAUGUCCAAAAGACAAGUCCGUCAUCAACUCAUCGAUAGACUCAAACAAUUGGCCGAUAAGUUUGAGAGCUCAGAGUUCUUUAGAUCUCAUGAAGUAAUUGGCAGUUCAUUACUCAUCAUUCAUAAUGGCAAGAGUGCCGGCGUUUGGAUGAUUGACUUCGCUAAGACCAUUGCGGUGCCCAAAGACAUCACUAUUGACCACAAGUCGCAGUGGGCUUUAGGCAAUCACGAGGACGGCUAUCUCUUUGGAUUAAACAAUCUGAUCGACAUUUUAGAAGAAUGUGCAGACGAUUAGCUGAUUUAUAAUUGUUUUAUUUAUAUGAUAAACACAUUUUUAUAUAAAAAUCACAUUUAAACCAAUUGUAAAUCGAGAGAGAGAGAGACAAAACACAUUUUCAAUUGCACUGUAAUUUUUGAUUGCUUUGUGCCAAAAAUAUUUCAUUAUAUCAAUUAUUUUGUAUAUAAUUUAUUUACAUUAAAUUUCAUUUGAAACAAAAAAUCAGUAAAUUAAAAAAUAAAAAUUUUAAA